AUGUUGCUGCUCGCCUUGGCGGUGCGCGUUGGUGUGGCAGAACUUGUGGCCUGCUUCAAGAAGCAGCGGGAACUCAACCCCGAGGAGUCGCCCGCUAUUGCGGCGACACAGGCCCUCCUGGAGAUGAUCCGCAAGGACGAUGAGCAAACUGUGGCCGGAUUCCGCGAGAACCUUCAGAACGCAAAGAAGAUCCUCGUGGAGACGGCAGACACAACCAUCACAUGCGUGUCCUCGGCAUGUGAUCUCUUCGUUAGGCACGUGACGCUGCAGAUUGCCGAUGCGGACGACUGGAAGCAGAUGAUCAUCCAGCAGGGCGAGCUCUUUGUCGAGCGCGCCCACAAGAUGCGCUCCAAGCUCAUGGAGAUGGCUGGCCCAUUCAUUCGAGAUGGCGUGACGGUGCUGACGCUUGGACGGUCGCGCGUGGUUGAGUCGAUCCUGAUCCAGGCGGCAAACCAGAAGAAGCGCUUCCAGGUGUACGCCGUCGAGUCCAUUCCUAGCAAGCUCGGCGUGUCCAUGGCUACCGCCCUCUCCGAACACAACAUCGACGUCACCCUCAUCCCCGAUGCGGCCGUUGCGUAUGUGAUGAGCCGGGUGGACGUGGUGCUGACGGGCGCCGAGGCCGUUGUCGAGAACGGCGGUAUCAUCAACACGAUUGGCACGUAUCAGGCGGCCAUGGCGGCGCACGCGCUGAAGAAGCCGUUCUACGCUGCAUCUGAGUCGUUCAAGUUUAUUCGGCUGUUCCCGCUGAGCCAGGCGGACGUCGGCACGAAGCGGACUGCGCCGCUAUUGGAGGAGGAAGGUGCUGUGCCCUUCAAGACAGAGUCCCCAGCAUACGACUUUACCCCUCCAGAGUACAUCACCCUCCUCUUUACAGAUAUCGGUAUCCUGACACCCGCUGCCGUGUCUGAUGCUCUCAUGAACCUUACGUUUGACCUUGACCAGCCCUGUGGUUGA